AUGGGCCCGAAUAGACAGCGGAAGCCAAGGACGACGAAGACGCAUCGUGGCAGAGGUGGAAAUCGCACCCCCACAUCGUCCACGGCGGCUCCUUCCAUGCUUUCUCGGGCAGGGAGGGAGAUGAUCAUUGAUGUCCUGCACCAUGCGGCGACAGGGGGGGCGGUGCCGGUGCCUGAGAAACAUUUUGAUGCCAAUGCAGGGAUAAGAAUCACACUUCAACGCAACUCCCCCUUGACGCCAUACGAAACCCUACAACGAUUGUACGAAGGGCUUGGUUUCCCACCUGAUCUUACCACACAGUACGUGACAGAUUUGCAGGGAGCAUCCAAGAUUCCCGCAUUCACCUCCAUUACAGAGUUGCUUGCUGAAGAUGGCCCUUAUCAGUCAUUUUUGGUAAAUAGUUGUUUUGAGUUGUUUUCCCAUAUGUUAUUUUACUCUCGGGGAGAAGUGGAUGUAAUCAUGGCCUCGGAAGAGGAUGCCAUCUUGGAGAAUGAACUUGAAACCAUACAAAGCCUCUUUGAUGAAAGUUUUAUAGGCGUAAGACAAAUUGACGACAAGGAAUUUGAGGGUUGUGAAAUGUACUUUUCUUUUUCAUCGGGAAGCGGAAAGCGUGUAGUGGUCUGUGUUCGUGUCCCUGAUCAAUAUCCAGCUGAGCCACCGUUGAUCCUUGCACAGCCAUGCGGGAAUCAGGUGGGGACAUUACCCAUUCUCGGGGUUUUCCACGCGGAUACCAAAGAAUUGCCCGCGGCAUUGCGCCGCUCUAUACUUGAUGCGGCUGUGGAAACCAUUAAUGGACUUGCAGGAGAAGGCUGUUUGGUGGCCCUGAUGUCGUCUUUGCAUGGGGUAAUUGCGUCACUUGAAGUAAUGCCUAUUUCUACGUGCAAUUCAGGUAUCAAAGAGGAGGAACGGCCGGGUAAAGAAGAAAAGAUCAACUUGGACGCACAGAGAAAAGCAUUUGUAAACGCCUUAACUGCUACCCCAGGUGUAAACCCAACAUCUACUGAAGAUCAUCAUGCAUCGUACCCCAUGCCGGUAAAAAUUGGACUCAAGACGGUCGGUUGUGUCCAAGAUGAAGGGGAUAUUGUGCGCCGAGAGUAUUUAAAGACAGAUAAGUCGCUUGACGCUAAACUGAUGGCGGAGUGGGAAUCUCUUCGAACCAGUGGAACGAUGAAAAAGGCACGUGAACAACUGCCUGCUUUUCAGGUCCGUGAAGAACUUCGUGAAAUCAUUUCAAAGCAUCAGGUUGUCGUUAUUGGUGGGGAAACAGGUAGCGGAAAGACAACGCAGAUACCACAGUACCUGUACGAAUUUAUGUGUGAAUCCGGCAUGGGGGGUUCGGCGAACAUUGUAUGUACCCAACCAAGAAGACUCGCUGCAACAUCUGUGGCUCUUCGAGUUGCCGAAGAACGUGAUGAGGCAGUGGGAGGUGUUGUGGGUUACACGAUCCGCCUUGAAAGCUGUGUAUCACGACGCACGCAAAUUACCUACUGCACGACAGGUAUUGUGUUGCGACGCCUACAGGUGGAGAAGUUCUUAGGGUCUGUUAGCCACAUUGUUGUGGACGAAAUCCAUGAACGUGGGGUGGACACAGAUUUCUUGUUGAUUCUUUUACGUGACCUCAUUCAGCGACGAUCCGAUCUGAAGGUUGUGCUUAUGAGUGCGACAAUGGACUCGGAAUUGUUUGCACGGUACUUUGGUGGGGCCCCUGUCAUUUCGAUUCAGGGUCGCACAUACCCGGUGCAGCACUUUCACUUGGAGGAAAUCAUUCCAAUGGUGGGGUAUAUCCUUGAGGAUGGUUCCCCGUACGCCAAUCGGGAAGCAAAAAGGGAGGAACGACGUCGAAAUAAUCGAAAGCAGGCAAUCAACAUUGAUCCUGAAGAAGUGGAUGAUGCGCGUGAGAUGGAACUUUCAGGCCAGAGCCUUACAGGAAAGUUGAAUGCCGCACCCAAGACGCUAGAAACCAUAUCAAGAAUGAACCUUGAUGUUAUCAACUAUGAGCUUAUUGAAAGUGUUGUUUUUUAUAUUGAUACCGUCAUGAAGGUCGAUGGGGCGGUUUUGAUUUUUCUCCCUGGUAUGGCGGAGAUCAUGCGGUGCAUGGAGCAGUUGAAGUCCAAUCCACGAUUGUCAAAUAGUUGCCUGAUGUACAAUCUCCAUAGUUCUCUAGGGUCUUCUGAACAGCAUGGUGUUUUUCAAAGACCCCCUAAAGGGAAGCGGAAGGUGGUGAUUGGAACAAACAUCAUGGAAACUUCCAUUACAAUUGAUGAUGCCGUGUUCGUUAUUGAUAGUGGAAAAGCGAAAGAAAAUCGGUACGACGCCAGAAAAAGUCUCUCCCAACUGGUGACCGUUAAUGUUUCUAAGGCAAAUUGUCGUCAACGACAAGGACGUGCUGGACGUGUGCGAGAAGGGUUUUGCUUUCGUUUAUUUACCAGUGCCCAGUUUGAGGCCUUGGAUGAUCAUCAACUGUGUGAAAUGCACCGUGUACCCCUUGAAGGUCUUAUUCUCCAAAUCUACUCGCUCAAUUUGGGGGAUGAGGUGGAGUACCUUCAAAAGGCACUUUCACCCCCGGAGGAACGUGCUGUGAGAGGCAGUGUGAGGGCUCUGACCACUCUGGGGGCCUUGACAUUGGAUAAACGUCUGACAUCCCUCGGUCAACAUUUAGCAAACCUACCACUGGAUGUACGUAUAGGGAAGAUGAUUAUACAUGGGGCAAUUUUGCACUGUGUGGACCCUGUUUUAACAAUAGCGGCCUGUUUGGCAGUACGGAGUCCGUUUUUGUCUAUGAUGGACUAUCAAGCGGAAGUGGAGGGGGUACGAAAAGCAUUUGCAGGGGAAUAUAUGUCCGAUCAUUUAGUUUCUUGGUUUGCCUACGCAAGUUGGGUUUUUAUGCAAUAUAACGAAGGGUCUUCUGCCGCAAAAAAGCUUUGUGCACGUUACUAUCUUUCCUUACCAGCACUCAAGCAAAUUCAGUCCACCAAACGGCAGUAUGAACGUUACCUUUAUGAGGCUGGAUUUAUUGAGGAAACUCCUAUUCAUUCAUCGCAUGAUCGAUUUUUAUAUGACCCUGUGAUAACUCUUGAGGACCGCUUGUAUGAAUCCGGUGGGAGGCAAUUUAACGCCAAUGCAGGCAGCGUAAAGUGUAUUUUGUCAUGUGUGGUGGCCGGUCUUUACCCGAACAUCGCACGUGUCCAAACUGAAGCGGGUAAAAAAGGCGGAACAUUUCUCAAGUUGACUACGUUUGAUGGGUCGGAGGUUAUGAUCCAUCCCUCCAGCGUUGUGGGGAGGGAAAAGAGGUUUCUCUCCCCACUCCUUGUGUAUGUUGACAAGAUUAAAACCUCCGCUACGUUUUUACGUGAUGUAAGUGUGGUGACCCCGCUUCACGUCAUACUUUUUAGUGGAGGUGGAUUGGAGUACCUUCCAAAGUACGGUGAACUUGUUGUGGAUGACAUGGUGGCCUUUAAGUGUAGGGGUGAAGAUGCGACGUUGCUGAAGCAUUUAAAAGACCAAUUGGACUCGGCCCUCAGUCAGAAGAUCAAUAACCCUUCAGAAAGCUGGGAAUCCACCAGCAGUGUGGUCGUCCGGGCUAUUCUCCGGCUUCUUAAGGACGAUUUGGAGAGUGUACGUCAUUUGACGGUUGUGGACCACCGACAGCCCCGUACGUCAUUGACGGCUCCAUUGGCCCCACCGGAGGAGGCGGUGGCCCGUGAGAGGCAGGAUGCAAAGAGAAGGACGCAACAACGCUGCUUCGUCUGCGGGGAGACAGAUCACAUGGCUCGUUCCUGUCCGCGUCAGGCCGCAUCACUGAAAGGCGGUCCAAGUGUCCGCUGCUUCGUCUGUGGUGCGUGGCACCACCCGACGGAGUGUACAUUGGCGUCCCGCGUCUCGUGA